CUUACAGCGCGUGAGCGCCCAAAAGGAACGCACCCUUAUAUGAGUCAAUCGAAUGGGAAUGGGACGACCAAUCAGCGCUAAUAAGCCUGCCUGUUCGCCGGAGUGUAAAAGGUUGCGGUCAUUAAUGGCGGUCAUUAAUGCCUACUCAUCUGAGAUAGUGCAAUUCUAUAGUGCACGUUACAUGCACUAUAGAAAUCUCAGAUUCAAGUGAAAAGGCAUUAAUGACCACGUGUACAUAUACAUAUACCAUUCGAAUGGAGGAUACUUUAACUCCGGAACUCCACAGUCUCCACAAGUCUCCUUAUCUCUUAUAAGAAUACAUUUUUCUGACAAUUUUGACAACUUUUGGACGCGCAACUUUAAAUUACGGUGCACGAAUGUCAAAAAUGUGGAUGCGCUGGAUCCAGAAAGUUUUCAACUGGAAGUGAAAACUUAUUCCGAAGCGAGUUAUUUUUUAAAUUAAUUAUUCAGCUAAGUUGCACAUCGCAUCUCUCUACCGAUUUAUAAGUAUAAUACAAAUCGCAGACAAUUGUUAAUUUAUUUACUUUUGUAUUAGAGUGUACCGAGUCAUCCUUAUAAGGACAAAUUCUCCGUCUCUUUCCGACUUAUAUCGAUCUACGAUCUACCAUUGAAUGAAUUAUCUAUGACUGCGAUAACGUCGGUGUAGGAGGUACAGAUGUCAGGUACAGAAUUUUCCCCGGGUCUUCCACCAUAACACUCAUGGCAGAGAUCAACCAACAGAAGUUCCCGUUGCUAUACGUGGAAUGUUUCGCGCACCGUUAAAUCCCACCUUUGAUUUCGGUCGCGAUCUCUCGUAUAAACGUGUUAAAAAAAGAGGUCAUAAAAUACGAAACAACGACGACAGUCAGCAUUUCGAUUUUGCCCGAAUUGGAGUCAAUUCUGACUUGGAGAAAUCGGAGAGAUUGCAUCAGACGAUCCUGCGACAUUGUACUUUCAAAGAAUGGCCAAGUCGACAAUUAAUUCGUUACAAGAAAUGUCAAUUAAACAAGGAUUUACUAAACUCCCUGAUUACAAAUUUACGGAGAAAAGGUUGGACGGAACUACCAUACAGUUUACAUGUAAUGUAUUUUGUAACGUGACUCGCUCUCGACAAUUUAAAGCAUGUGGUACAGGAACAUCCAAAAAGGAAGCCAAGCAUAAUGCGGCAGAGAACAUGCUAUUACUGCUCGACACAAAUCAUGAAGCUCCACUGCCAAUAGAUAAUUUGUCGUCAUCUUCAGUUGCAAAUAUAACACAUAGUCCUGAAAAAGUCUACGAGACGUCUUCGCCGAAUGAAGAGUCAACCGUUGACCGUAAUUACGUUGGAUUGUUGCAAGAAUUUUGUCAGCAACAAAAGAUACCGACGAGUAACAUUCUGUACAAGCUUAUCUAUGAGGAGGGACCAUUUCCCAUGAAAACGUUCACGAUGGAAGUUACCGUGGGGUCACUACGGGAGAGGGCUAUGGCAAGCUGCAAGAAGGCUGCUAAGCAACAAGCUGCCAGAAAGUUGCUGCUGCGUGUGAAUCCAAACGUAAAUAAUCCAUUUAUAGUUCAUCUGAAUAUAGUUGAUUCAAAUACGCCUAACAGACUGGAAAUGCUUGGAAAGGAAACGCUUGGACAGGAGGAGGUGCUUGGAAAGGAGAUGCUUGAGCUUGAGAAUAAUAUACGAAAAUUGGGUACAGGAAUAUUAGACUGCGUGACUAACAAGGAAACCAUAGCGGAGUUGACAGAAAAAGCAAAAUUGCUCUAUGUUGAACGUACCAAAAAAAGCUACGGGAUAAUCGAUCAGACAACCAAUCCUCUUGCAAUCAAUAAUUUGCACAAUUUAUUUGAAAAGAAUUAUUCCAGCAAGAUUCAGGACAGCUUGAGAGAGAAAAUGCGGAUUAUACAGAACAAAUACACCGAUGAAACAGAUCUUUGGCAAAUCAGAUGUGACAUCGAAAGUUCGUUGAAUGUCAAGAUACAACAAAUCACUGUACAUAGCAAAAUGAAGGACCACAUCAUAAUAUACUUACGCUUGCCGUCCAAUCCUUGUAUCACGCAAUUCGGUAAGGGUGAAACUAAAUUUAUAGCACAAUCUCGUGCCAUGUAUAACCUUGUUACAGCUAUUUUGAUACUUCUGAAUGUUUGAGAAUUUUGCGCUUCCGGAUGUGCUGACGAAUUAUAAAAAUUUAUAAAUAUUAGACGACGAUUUAUUCAUGACAUACAUUAUUAUCUAUGUAUAUAUAUUAUUAUACGUAUGUUAUAGCUAUAUAUGCUCUUUAUACUAUUUAUUAUACGUGCAAAUGAGAGAUUAUAACGAGAUUUUAAUGUAAUUUCUUAUUCAAUCGAAUUGUAUAAGAUAAGAGGACAAUUGUAAAGCGUAUAUGUGUUUAAUAAAUUGUUGAGAUUUACGUCAAACAUCAAAGGUGUU